AUGGGUCGGGGCGUUCUCUUAACCUCGAACCUUCCUCAACUCCAAAACCUGAUCAAGCGUGACCCACCCGCAUACAAGGAGGAGUUCUUGCAGCAGUGGAACCACUACAACAGCAUCCGUCAGAUAUUCCAGAUAAACCCGGACGAAAAUGCUCAGCACUUCAGAGAACUCGUCUCCUUCAUGGCGCAGGUCGCCCAGUGUUACCCGAAGGAGACCUCCGAGCUCCCCACCCAGAUCUCAGCCCUGUUGCUAGAAAGCUACGGCUCGCUUUCUCCAGAUACCCGCAAGUCUCUCGUCCAGACCCUGGUCAUGCUGCGCAAUAAGGAUGUCAUUACCUCCAUAACGCUACUGCAAACUCUGUUCCCCCUCCUGCCCCGCACGACUUCGUCCACCCUGCGGGCCUUCAUCCGAAGGACUAUCCUGUCAGACAUCCGCACUGCAAACCUCCGGAGCAAAAACCACAAAUUGAACCGUGCCGUACAAGCCAUGCUUUUCGGCAUGAUUGAACGUGGGAUGGACGGCGAGGUCGUCGGAGACAAGGGCAAGCUCAGGGCCGCUGUGGGAUCUUCCACGGCUUCGAGCAAUGGCGAGGAAGCCAUGUGGGCAGUUGUUUUGACCAAGGAGCUGUGGAGGAAGGGCAUUUGGAACGAUGCCAAGACCGUAUCCAUUAUCGCGCUGGGAUGCUUCCAUCCAGUGGCGAAAGUCCAGAGCGCUUCGUUGCACUUCUUCCUCGGAAGUGACGAAGAGAAGGAAGACAGCGAUGACGAAGAGGACGAGCUUCCGAAUGUGAAGGCACUCCAGCAUCGUCAAAACAUCAACAAGAAGACCCGCAGUGGCGCAAAGAUGAUGCAGAAGACCGUCAAGUCUGUCAAGAUGAAAAGGAAGAAGAGGGCCGAAGCCGAGAACACCAACUUCCCUGCCAUCCAGCUUCUCAACGACCCUCAGACCUUCGGCGAGAAGCUUUAUGACAUGCUCAACAAGUACGACAAGAGGUACUCUCUCGAUCACAAGAUCCUCAUCAUGCAGCUCCUCUCCCGCGUCAUGGGCGGCCACAGGCUCUGCGUGCUCGGCUUCUACACCUACAUCAUGAAGUACCUCACCUACCACCAGCUCCGCAUCCCUGCCAUCCUCGUCGCCCUCGCCCAGUCCGUGCACGAGUUCACCCCGCCCGACGCCCUCACGCCCGUCGUGCGCAAGAUCGCCCAGGAGUUCGUCCACCCCGGCGUCGGCAGCGAGGUCAUCGCCGCCGGCAUCAACUCCAUCCGCGAGGUCUGCCGUCGGCAGCCGUGGGCGAUGGAGGAGGAGCUCCUCGGCGACCUCGUCGACUACCGCAAGAGCCGCGACAAGGCCGUCACCGCCGCGGCGCGCGGCAUCCUCCAGCUCUUCCGCGAGGUCAACCCGGGGAUGCUCAAGCGCAGGGAGCGCGGGAAGGAGGCGGCGAUGGGCAUGGCGUCCGGCUCCCAGCCGCUUCCGUUCGGCCAUAGUGCGGAGGCCGCGGUCGACAUCGAGGGCCUAACGGUACGACACUUCAGUAGGGGUUUUGCGCUCCUGGAAGAUCAUCUUGAAAAACUUCGGGAUGAGGACGGAGCUGCGCCGGAAGGUGAAGAAGAUGACGCGGCUGCUUGGGAGGGCUGGGACGUCGAAACCGACUCAGAGGAGGAGUCUUCUGACGACAGCGACUCGGACCUCGAGAUCAGCGACAGCGAGGACGAGGGCGGAGGCAAGAAAAAGAAGGACAAAGGCAAGGGAAAGAGGAAAGCCGCCGAGGCAGCAGAAGGUGAUGAAGCAGACGAUGACAAGCCCGAGGGGGCUAUGGAGGAGGCGGUAAAGCGCAUAUCCACCAUGGCCACUACCAAAAUUCUUACGCCCGCCGACUUCGCCCUGCUCAACGACCUCCGCAUCAAAGCGGCGACCGACGCCGUCGAGAGGGGUGGCGGUAAUGCGGCAAAGCGCAAACUGGCCACCCUGGAGUCGCAGAAGAAGUCGUUGCUCGCAUCCUCGGACGGCAACCUCGCUGCGACGUUUAUCUCCGAAAACGAUAUCCUCGGCCCACGCAAGAAGGCGAAGGCGGAUUACGCCGAACGCAUGGCGUCGAUCGAGAAGGGCCGAGAGGGCCGCGAGAAGUUCGCCUCAAUGAAGGGCAAGAAGAACAAGGCAGCUCCUAGCUCAUCGACGAAUCGGGAAAAGGCGCGCAACAAGCCACUCAUGAUGAUCCUCGCGAGUGGUGCGGUGCGAGGCAAGAAGAAAGCGUCACUGCGGGAAAAGCAACAGAAGCUUCGUGCACAUAUCAACCGCGCCAAAAAAGCUCAUCACUAA